AUGUCCGAGCAGGUCAACGAUUUCGCCGACACCAUGUCGGAUGGGCGAUACAAUACCCAUGACAAUAGACAUCACGAUGUUCGGAACUUCAUGGCAUCCGUGGAACGAACCCUACGCCGAGAAAAUGGAAAUGCUGGGAUAGGUUUCGAACAUGGAUGGGCCGACUGGUUCAACGCUCAGGACCCCCGAAUAGAUUUGAUUCCCGCCUCUCAAGUUCGUCCUCAAGGCCCUCCUGGAGCGCAGAACGUCUUUGAUCCCGUUGGCGCCACUGCACUGGAACCCCACACUUAUGGACCUGUGGUACAUCACCACCCACCCGGGUUCGUGUUUCGAUUCGGUCCAACGGGAGUGGCACCAGCGUAUCCGCGGGAUGGUCGCUUUAUAUCUCAGGCUGGAGGUGCCACUCGUCCAGCGCCUUUGCCGCCACAGCCACGGGUGGUCUUCGCCCAGCUCCAGUCCCACGCGUUCGCACCACGACUACCUGCCCAUGUCGCGCAUGUACAACGACUCUUCGCGCAACUUUCUGCAUUAGAGGCAGAUAUCCAGCGCCUGGUGCAACAUCUCGAAACCGUGUUGGCGGAGCAAAGAUGGAUCAGGGAACAGAUUGAGGCGCGGGUCGUUACUGAACAGAGACGCAACGCUUACUUGCGGGGACUGUGGGAGAUUCACCCGAACAAUGAUUCAGAACAAUCCGAGAAUGAUCAAGACGGUACUGAUGACUAUGAAGAUGAGGACGAAGAAGAGGAAGAUAAUUAG